AAACCUGCAGAGAGGGGUAAUAGUUUCACUCCACCUCUCACGCUAUCACAGAAUCAAGGGAGACACACAUUGCAGCACCCAACCUUUAUCAUUGCAAAAGCAGGGAUGCUGUGUGAAAGUAGGUUGUGGCAUGUGACUUUUUGCUCUGACUGUGAGUGUGUGGAUCCUCCCACUUGCCACUCAGUCACUGCUCCUAAAACUCCUCCACUGACCUCCAACCUGUCAGCACAAAUUCAAGUUCCAGUCCACUGCUCUCCCAGCAACUCUUCUCGAGAGCUCCAGUCCCAGCAUGGCGACUCUCAGCCUCUUUCUGUAGCACCAAUAGAUUGCCGAAAUCUGUCUCCAGGCAUGGGCAUCCCUGGUCGAGCGCCAUCUCCAGGAACAGAGGCUUUCCUAGUGCCUUCCAGUUGCCACAGUAUCUGCCAGCACUACAAUGAUCUGUACAUUGCUGGAGGCCAGGUGCUUCCUCUCAGUCCUGGUGUAGACAAUCCAGAAGGCAGUUCCUCGAAGGACCCACACCCUGGGCCCUUCCUGCUUUCCAAAGAUGUUCCUCCCCCCUCCCUUCUUCCUCCUCUGCUCCCUGAAUACAGGAGUUCCAGACGCUGGAGAGAGGGCAGUGUCCGUGAACGUAUCUCUCUGCUGCAGGAUGGUCGUCCGCUUUCUAACUCAGAGCUGAACGGCUACCUGGAGCAGAAGCUGCUGGAGCUGUACACAGAGUACCUGACUGAGGGUCCUAUCAUGGCAUCUGAGCUAGAGCAGAUCACGCUACAGCUGAGCCGAGAGCACAAGCUGGAGACAGGGCAGGUCAAAGAUAUGCUUCUCAGCUGCCUGCUAAGAGCCACCAGCAGCCAGCAGUCCAGUGAGUUCAGUACACCACUGCUGCAGAUCUCCACCCAGACAAAGUGAAAAGGAUGGAGAGAACAUGGAAAAGCAAGAGUGGAUGAGAGGGAGAAAGACAGUGAUGGGAAGUUAUAAAGCUAGAAUGAGAAGAAAUUGUGUGCAAAUGCUUACAAUUGUACAAUUAAUGUGUAUUAUAGAAAAACAGAAAGUGUGACGUUGAGUGUAUUUUAGUGGCAACUUUAAAAAAAAAAAAAGCAGUAAAAAGCCAAAAGAAAUGGGACACUAAGAAUAAACUGAUUACUGAAGAUGAAUGAAUGAAUUUUCCUGAACAUUUCAUAUACUUUUUAAUGCUUUAAGUCACUCCUAUCUCCAAAAUGGCAAAAUAUGCAUCAUAUCUGUAUGUGACCAUGUUUGUUCUCCAACUACAGUUCUGACUCUGUUUUCACUUACUACUGUGUUUGGAUUAAAAUGCUCUUCACACUCA